GUUAUUGCAGUGGUGGCAGUGCAAAUGGACGUCUUUUGCUUCCGAACUUGUCUACCGCUGACCACUGGCACAACUUGCAUACUUGCAUUGACCGUAUAUCGGUGAGUCAACGAUCAUUCUUCACAAAUGAACAAUACGCGGCGGAUAUGGGCGACGGGAGCAUGCAGCGCCUUUACAGUAGCCUGCAUAUAUUGCAAGCCCGGGAACAGAUGGAACUCAUCCGAGCACCUCCCCCCUCCCGUUACAAACCAUGACUUCCAUUCGCGAAAGCUCAUCUAAAUCAGCUCCAGCAACCAACGUCGGCAGCACACCGAUCACGCAACGAGCCCGCACUGCGCAUUACAGCUGCGAGCCGCCUCCUCUACAGGAUAAAAUGAAGGCAACGCUUGCAGAGGAAACGAAGCGCAGAUAUGUUGGUCCAGUGGACGUCUCGCAGUUCCUGGAGGACUAUUUGCCUUGCUCGAACUCCACGCCUUCUAUUCCUUCUCUCAGCGAGCAGGAACUCAACGCUCUCCAGGAGGUUGCCGACGCAACAUCGGAAAAUAAUAUGUAUGAGCCAUUCAAAACAGCGUUGCAGAGAUAUGCGCAUGGUAUGAUAUUUACGAAUACUAGCAGCAACUCAGCAAAGGAUUCUUUCCCACUCAAACCGGACUUGUGUCUCUACGAGGCCGCGGACACUUCUCAAAAGACGGAUUUCUCCACAGCAGAGCUAUGCAUAGAGCUUAAACCCCACAUGUCGUACGACCCUUUCACGGAUCUCGACCCGAACACAAGCAACGAUCCAUUCGAAAGAGAUACCGUUCACGCCAACAACACGCGAGGCCAGAUUACUACGUACGCGGUCGCGCAGUUCAACUCCCAGUUUCGAAUCUUCGCAUUCUCGAUUGUGGUCUUCAACGAUCACGCGCGGUUUGUCCGAUGGGACCGCGCCGGUGCAGUCGUCAGCACCCGGUUCAAUUAUGUGCAGAAUUCGAACCUUCUGACCGAUUUUAUCUGGAGGUUUUCUCACUUAUCGCGUGAAGAGAGAGGCCAUGACCGAUCUGUGUCUCCUGCGAAACUUUCUAAGCAAGAAACGCAAAAAGUUCGACAGGCUUUAGGUUUGAAGGCAGGGACGCCUCUUUUCGCUUUCACGGUCCCGCACGAGGACGGGGACACAGUGUUCUAUGGCCCUCGUUUCCCCUUCCCUGUUCGCUCUCUCGUCGGUCGGUCGACUCGCACAGUGCCGGUCUGUGACUUCAUCAACGGUGAACCUCGUAAGCUGUUUCUGAAGGAAUACUGGAGGCCGGAGGGGAUGCGGGGUGAAAUCGAGAUCUAUCAACAUUUAAUAAGACAUAACGUUGAACACAUCGCACCACUGGUGUGUGGAGGUGACGUGCCUCGUGGUGAGACAAGAACACAUGAGCACGCCAAGACACGCCCAAUUAGUCACCGGCUCCUCCACAGGCUGGUGCUUGAUUUCGUGGGACGCCGUCUCACUGAAUUCAAGUCCACGAAAGAGCUGGCGCAGGCAGUGCUCCAUGCUAUGACGGCCCAUUGGUUGGCUUUCGACAAAGCGGGGAUCCUGCAUCGUGACGUCAGUGUAAACAAUAUCCUUAUCAACGACGAUGGCCAAGGUGUUUUGAUCGAUUGGGAGCUCGCGAUUUUUUAUGAUGAAUAUUCUGCAGGACGCAGAAAUCACGAUCGCACGGGAACCUGGCAGUUCAUCUCAGCCGCUUUGCUCAGGAAUCAUGGGGAGAUUCACGACCUCAAGGACGAUAUAGAGUCCUUUGUACACGUGCUCGGCUGGUCCUUCCUCCGCUAUGCCCCCUUCCCCUUGAGUGGCAAUUCACGCAAGAGGAUGUUAGUGACGCUGUACGACACGAGCUUUCCGGCUGAUGGAGGUGGGCUGUCUGGCAAUGACGUGAAAGAAAAAGAUCUCGCGAGUGGCAACUACAUGGUGUCUGCUGAUCUCAAACAGCCAUCACCGAUUCUUGAGCUGAUACGGACCCUUGCCUCGCCCUUCCGAGCACGAUACGGCGAACCACCUACUGCAAGCCAAACUGAAAGGUACCAGCGUCUCAAAGAGAAGGUCGCUAAAGGACUUUGUGACCAAGGGGAUGUUGAGGACCAUCCGGCACAUACGUACCAAUUGGGUAUGGAGCGGUUGAAAAAUUCGGAAUGGUUCCUUGACACUAUCAAGGAUGCUCUCAGGCGCCCAGAUUGGCCCGAGAAGGAUGCAGCUGAUGCUCACUUGUUACCGAUCACCGAAGGCACGUCCAAGCAACAACAGCUUGCGGCACAGCGUGUUGAAACUCAGUCUCAACUACUCUCUGCAUCUUCGCAUCCAUCGGGGUCACUGAAGCGGUCGGCUAGUCCUCCCCCGCCGGACGUACAACACAAACGCUCUCGCUUGGAUGACAGCUCUGACAAGGCUCUGGAAUAGGUCAGUUGGAAAUUGUGUAUACCGUAGUACAAUAUCACUGUGACAACAUUGCCAUCUUCGGUUUUCCU